AAAACGAGUUUAUAAAAAUUUGCACGAAGUUUGCUUUAUAUAAACUUUUGCAUUAUUAUUUAAAUAAGAAUGAGUAAAGAUGAACUUUCUCUCCAAUUGGAAGAUUUAUCGGAUUCAUACCCAAACACUCCUGUAAUUUCAUAUCCAACUGCAAAUUUAGAAACUAGGCAUAUUUUAGCGUCAUAUGGAGAUGUCUGUGCUAAAAUUAAAGAACAUGAAAUGUUACACACAGUGCAUUACGUUGUUGCUUUUAAACAAAGCAUGGAAAAAAGCAUAGAAGAUAUAAUGAAAAAAAAUCGCAAGGUGUAUUUUGAGCAUAAAGAUUAUCCCUAUUCAGGAAUACCUUUUAUUUUUUCUUCAUCUAGUAUUCUUUACUGCCAACAGGGUAAAGACAAAAAUUGUGCAGCAAAAAAUAAGUACAGAAUGAAAAAAAACCAAGAAGCAACAGCAGAUCAUUCUUUCCAGAAAAAGCGAGUUCUUAUGCAGGAUACCAAGAAGUUUGAUUGUCCUGCCAAUAUUUCUCUAAAAGAAAUAGUUGAAUUCCCUGCUUUUAAGCUGGAUAGAGAUUCUCUAAGAGGUAGAAGAGAAGCAUCAAAGAAAUUGCAUUCAGCUUUGACAACUCUAACUGAAUUUUCAAUUCUUAGAAAGUAUAUCUUAUUGUUACCUGACAUUUCCGUUCAUAAAAAUCAUCUUAUUAAUGAUGCAGCAGGUUUUAAUCAGCCUUUAUCAAAAGAAAUUAUUACAAAAAUUGCUGAACUUGUUAAAAAUGGUGUCAAUACGGUUCCGGAAAUGAGACGUCACCUGAAUGCCUUUGUUCAUCUGGAACUUCAGUCAGAUGUGACUGCAAAGAAAUCCAACAAACGAUUUUUUCCGCGUGAUGAAACAAUUGCUAAUCAUAUAAAGAAAGCUAGACAAAGUCUUCGCAGAUCUUUGAUAGAUCAAGAAUGUCUUCGUGAAAAGAUAAAUGAAUGGAAACUCUAUUUUCCAGAUGCGUUAAUAAUGUUUCGGCCAAAAGGAGAAUGCAAUCUAGAAGACAAUGGUCCAUAUCCUAAAGAUUCUUUUUUGUUUAUUUAUCAAGAUGCAUGGCAACAAAGAUUACUCUUACGAUAUGGGAAUGAGCUUGCCUUUCUGGAUGCAACAUAUCGUACAACGCGAUAUGCGCUUCCACUUUUUUUUCUUGUUGUCAAAACAAAUAUUGAUUAUCAAGUUGUUGCAAUUUUUGUUUGUGAAAAUGAAACAACUGAGGCAAUUACAGAAGCCCUAAUGUACAUCAAAAAGUGGAAUCUAUUGUUUCAACCAACUUAUUUUUUAACUGAUUACAGCAAUGAAGAAAUAAAUUCACUUGAAUCUGUUUUCCCUGGAUGCCAGGUACAUAUUUGUGACUUUCAUCGUGAACAAGCAUGGGAACGAUGGCUUUCUAAAACCGCUAAUGGAUGUUGCAGGGGCUCAAUGUAACACUUGCCAAAAAUGGUAUCAUCGCGAAUGCAAAAAGAUACCGCAGAGUGCCUAUGAAACAGAAGAUGAACUAUGGAAUUGUCACAGCUGUAAGAAGAGUUAGUCAUAAAAUUGAGGCUAUAAAAAGAGUUUGUCAUGAAAUGAGGCUUGUAUUGUUUUUUAAUUUUAUAUAUCUGCCAAUAGUUUAAAAAUUAAAUCUUUUUAGGCAUUGUCUUAAGUUGUUGAUAAUUAUUGCAACUAUAGUAUUAUUGCAAUAAACCAUUUUACAUGAUGAUUUAAUGUAGUUUAAAUCUUUCACUAUAGAUUUAUACCAUUUUGAUGACAUGUAUUUUUAACAUUUGGCACAAAUAUACUGUUGUCUUUGUACUGGUAUAAAAUGCCCUAUUUGAUUUGUUUGUGUCAUUGUGCUGGUAAAAUUAUUGACAUUGAACUGCUUAUACCUAAUUGGAAUCGGUAUACUAAUGAAAUAGAGCCUUUUUGUGGUAUAAGCCGUUAGGGCUAUAUAAAAAGAAUAUAUAUAUGAGAUGCAUCUCACAGGAAAAGGUACCAAGUCUUAGAAAUGGAGUUACUGAUACAGUUGCAUAGAGGAUAAUAAUAAGACACAAAAUAAAACAAAAAUUAACUUGAUAGCAUCAUUAUUGUUACAUUUUCUUUUUACAUAGUUUUUCAAGGAAGUGUUUUAAAAAUGAAAUUACAGUAUAAUAUGAGUUAUUAAAGUUUGACAUACUUUAAAACUGUGUAACUUAAAAAUAGUAAUAAAGUUAAUGUAUAUUUUGAAUAUUUAUUUUAAAAACUAUUACUAAAUAAUUAUAAAACUGCUCGAAAAAAGAAUAAAGCUAGAUUCAAAUUUUUCAACUUUUUUUUUCUUUUCUUAAAACGCGUAUAUCUUCGAGUCUAGAAAUAAAGACUUGGUACCUUUUCCUGUGAGGCGCCUCAUUUUAGAUUCUCUCUAUUAAUAUAGUGACAUAGAGUGUAAAAUGGUUUUCCAGUUAAUGAAAUCUGAGAAUGCUUCUUACUUUUUUUUAGGGCGGUAAGCGUAUCUUGGCUACCUUCACGUUGGUGCUUACUGAUAAAAAUGAUUUCAAAAGGUUAAGUUCAUAUACUUUCCUUUUGAUUCAUAACUAAAUGCCAAGACGAAAAAGAAAAUUAAUCUAAACUGAAAACGCUACAAAUUAAUAUUAACCGAAUAAAAAUCCCUUUUUAUAGACGCUAAAUAUUAAAAACUCAAAAUUAAUCUGAGAAACUUUGAUAAAAUGAAUAUAAACUAAUUGUAAAUUUUAAAG